AUGGAACCACAAGGAGAUGUUGUGAAUAAUAUAUGUGCAGAGCCGAAUUCCAACUCCGUUCCAACAUUCAGCGGAGUUUCGUCACAAACUGAAAUCAAAGUUGAGGUGAGUUCAAAUCACAUGACUAAACUACACUCUAGUCUACAAAAUAUGUGUUUUGUGAUAGGUUUUCCUAUUUUUUUAAUCAUCAGAAAUUAUUUUCUGUUGACUACAAACUUUGCAAAAUCAUCAAUCUUUUGCAGAAAGUUCAACACACGUGGACAGUCAAAAAUUUCUCACAUUGCUAUCAAGAAUAUUUGGAGAAUUUUGUGUAUUUACAAAGAGGAGAUGAGCAAUUAACAUGGAGUAUCAAAAUAUAUCCGAAAGGAAAUGGUGAAAAUAACAAGGAUUUUGUGUUUUUAUGUUUGAAUCGGGUGGUUAAUAGCAAUGCGAAGUCGGCGAAAAUUGGCUUCAAAUCACAAUUUAAAUUGAGAACUGCAGAGAAUAAGGAUAUUGAGGUAAUUGGUGAUUUUUAAAAAUUAAAAAAAAAAUUGUUUUUCCAGAUGCGAAUACAUCCAAAUCCAUCACAUUCAGAUUAUGUGUCUUACAUUAAACGAGAUGUUCUGUUUCCACAAAUUCUCCCACGUGAUUUGAUAAUUGUGAAUGUUGAGAUUGAUGUUGCUGUUGAAACAAUCACCACCACAGCCGAACCAAUAAUGUUUGAAUCGACGAAUUGUGAACAGCAACUUGUUGAAGAUUAUCAAAGAAUGUUUCGGGAUAAUAUGCUAACCGAUUUUUUGAUUCGUGUCGGAAAUCGUGAGAUUCGAACACAUAAAGCGAUUUUGGCAGCGAGAUCUCCAGUCUUCGAAGCAAUGUUGAAACAUGCGGACACGGAAGAAUCAAAGACUGGAAUUCUCAACAUUACUGAUAUGGAUUAUGACGUGAUUCACGAAAUGAUUUAUUAUAUUUAUUGUGGAAGAUGUCAAAAAGAUAUUUCUGAUGUUGCGACCGAUUUAUUGAUUGCCGCCGACAAAUAUCGAUUGGAAGAAUUGAAAACGCAUUGCGAGAAGUUUCUUGUCGAAAAUUUGACGAUUGAAAAUGCGUGUACACUUCUGAUAUUGGGCGAUUUGUAUAUGGCGCCAAGAUUGAGACAAAGAGCAGUUCAGGUAACAUUUAACAUAUUUUGAAAUUUUUCUAAUUUAGCGUAACUUUUAGUAUAUCUUGCAACGCCCGAAAAACGUGACACAUACUCCAGGAUGGGAAAAUAUCAUCAAACAACAUCCAGAUUUGAUAACUGAUAUCUUUAAUCAAUUUGAUAAACAGGUUUGUGAUCCAUUUUUCAUUAGGGCUGAUUCACAAACAAAAAAUGUUUUUUUAACAUCGAAAGAUCAAUUCACGAAAAGUCGGAAAAACAUAGGUCAAAAUUAGUUUUUCGGGUUUUUCAGCCAAAAAUGAUGAAAAAUCGAUAUUUUGCGAGCUUCUGGAGUAAUUUCUGAAUAAAAUUGACCUUGGAAUUCACUUUCCAGAAGUUUUUGCUGAUUUUUCGUAAAAUAAAAACAAUUUCAAAUUUUGAUGAUUAUCGAAAAAAAAUCAUAAAAUAAAGCAAAAUAGGGUUCUCGAAGCUUAUUUUCAUCAGAAAUUACUCCAGAAGCUUGAAAAAUAUCGAUUUGUCAUCAUUUUUGGCUGAAAAACUCGAAAAACUAAUUCUGAUCUACAAUGUUUUUUCGACAUUUUUUGACUUUUUGUGAAUUGAUCUUUCGAUGUUGAAAAAACAUUUUAAAUCAAAGUAAUAUUAUUUUUUUUGUUGCAGUCAUCAACCGGAGUUUCAUCAUCUGUCACAACAAUUUCCGGCGCAUCGCUUGAUAUUCCAGGAGUUCCAGGCGGUGCUCCACCACCAACUGGUUUAUAA